AUGCCCACUUGUCGGCUUGGGAAACCAAAAAUUACACAGAGUUUAAUGACAUCUGUGAACAAUACCUGUAAUGUCACAUUGACAUGCUCUAUGGAGAAAGAAGAAAAGAAUGUGACCUACAGCUGGAGCCCCCCAGGAGAAGGCAAUGUCCUUCAGAUCUUGCAGACCUCUGUGGACCAAGAGCUGACUUACACAUGUACAGCCUGGAACCCUGUCAGCAACAAUUCUGACUUCAUCUCUAGCCAGCAGCUCUGUGCAGACGUCGUAAUGGGCUUUGGUUCCUACUUGAAGACCUUCACCAAGAGUUCUGAACCCGCCACCUUUGACAGACUGUGGUUCUGUUUAUUUGUGAUAGAUGAUGUCUCAAAGAAUACAAUAUACACAUACGUCACAGGUUCAAGAGAUAUCCUACCAGCAGAGUCCAGACUCUAUGAUGAAAUUCCCCAGCAAAAGGUGCUUCCUUCCAAUGAAGGGCCAAUGAACACGAUUUUUCCACAGUGCAGAACUCUGACAAGAUGGGGAAAACCAUCAUACAGGAGUGCAAACCUCCCAGGACUUCAGGCUAUGAAAUUGUCGUCUAGGCUGGUGGGCAUCGCUCUCCCUCUGGAAACUGAGUUACAACCACUGAUCGUAGCAGGUGCCCUGGACCUAGACCUUCUCUUCCAGCUCUUACCAGGAGACUGCAAAACACCACAUCCCAACAUGUAAGAAGCAAAGCAAGAAACCUUCUGUUGCUGGGCACAGCUUGUCCCCCGUGGACACAUGGAUGCUUGCUCUUUCUGACUAGCUCCCUUCUGGAUGAAUGAGAAGGCAGGUUUCCUAAUACAGUGCUUCCCAAACUUCUUCACAACACAUCACAUGUGGAAAAUGAUAUUUUUAUGGUACACUUGGGUAAGGUUGCUCAUAUCUGGAGGCUGCACAUGGCUAGAGGAUUCUCAUAUUUAGAGGUGACAACCUUGACCAACAGCUAUGGGAAGAGAGGAAUCACUAUGUGUAUACCUGUAACAUGCCAGAGUACACUAGCUAGAAUGCUCUGCUCAAACUCAACCUAUAUGAGGAACCCUGGUACAUGGCCUCCAUCAGUCCCUGCAAUAGCUGGAGGGGUUGGAAAAGCCCCUUUCCUUGAGGCAGAUGCAGCCCCUCCCUUGAGUGUAUGGCACGAUGAGCAGAUUGUGGGCUACAUGUCAGCCCCACUCACGCCUUCGAUCAGGAACUAUCAUGCAAGGGCACACCUGCCUCUAUCAGCCCAAAUGUAAAUGAUGCUGCUGCAUGGGAAGUUGUGAGAACUGUGGCUCUCAGCCAUGAGACACAUUCUUCAAAUGGAGUGUUAGAAAGUGCUCUUUCUGUAGGACUAGCCUGCUGGAGCAGUUUUCUUUGGACUCUACAUCAGAAUCCUUGUAAGAUUUUCUUUAAGGCUAACCUAUCCUUCUGCAUCACUACAGGCAACCUCAGCAAGAAGAAAAUGCCAUGCCCAGCACCCCACCCCCAAAAAGGAAUUUCUGACACUUCAGUGCACUGCUUGUAACCAAGCCAUCAAAACAAAAGACCUUAAAGGAACAGUCAUUGGCCAGAGGGAACUUUGGAGAUGAUAAAACUGUGUUCAUCCUAGUUCCUAAGACUCAGUUCAGAGAGGCGUGCAGUUCAAGCUGAGGCCACAACCUCUCAUAACCCCAGCUGGGUAGUCACAAAGAGGGAUCAUCCCUAGCUGAGCAGGACAAUCAUGUGACUGUUUGAGGAAAUGUUUGCCUUUUGUGUUAGCAAACCUAAACAACUAAAUCCUAAAAUCCUCAUGAACAAUCCCAGGUUCGUCAGUAGAAAUGAGCUGCAUUCAGGUAGAAUAAAGUUGUCAGUCUCAAUUAAUUGAUCCAUAGAACCUUCUAGCACCAUUGUUAGGGCUGUAGGGCCCCAAAACAUAAGGUGAGCAUCAUGUCUUUCUCUUGUUUGGCUAAAAUGGCAAUUCCAUUACUGACACUACAGCUAAGUCCUGAACUGCAGUUAGAGCAGUCAGAAAAGGCCUAAUGAAGGAGGCAAGACUGAUGCUGAAUAUCUAAGGACAGAAAGGAUUUGGACAGAAUCUUUACAGAGUGCCUCCAAGUGAGGAAAGCAUAAAAAAUGAGCAGAGGCCUAGGUCUCUGGGGUAUAUCCCAGGCACCUCCCCAGAUCCACCACACAUGCUCAUAGUCCCUUGCUGAUGUGUAACAGAGUGUCUCAGCCAGAAUGGGUGCCCUACUCCUGCCCAUUUACACGUCCUCUAAAGCCCACCUCCAAUGGCACCUCCUCUACGAAGCUUUCCCUAUAACACCAGUUGAAAUUAACCGCAGCUCUUUUUGUACUCCCCCCUUGAGUACUUCUGUCAGUAUAACCCAUUUCAUUCUAAUUUACAGCAUAAAAAACUAUUUGUUUUCCUCACUACAUCAUACACUACUUAAGGAAUUUUAUUCAUUGGUUUAUUUCCCUGUGCAUGCACCACCAUCCAACAUAAUGUCUUGUACUCUGUGUGUGAGCAAUAAGUGAUGUUGAAUAGAAUUGAAAGUGACCAGUCAGCUCAAAUAGGUAUAUAUUGAAAGUAGAAAUGAGUAGAAGUCAAUAAGUCCAGGGGAACCAAAUUAUCUAUCGGAUAUAAGGAUGCAGAUAUCAGAUGCUGCCUUGGUGUGAGGGCAUUUGGAGGGAAAAGACUUUUGGUGUUAGACCAAUUAAGAGGUCAGCGGAAGCACUGAGCCAAGCAGAAGGAGGCAGUUUCCUGAGGAGGGACAUGAGGGAAGGAAUAAUGGGACUUAGUCAUAAGAAGGAAGAAGUUUCAAAGUGGCACUGAACAAGCUGUGUUUCUCCUAAUAUAAAAUCCCUCCUCCCCCUGUAGGUGAAUGGAGAAGUCACUUCUGAAUACCCUCGUCCUCAAACUGCCCCUUCCUCUCCCUGAUGUAUACAAAUUCCUAGUGUCCCAAUGCCCCAGUGUAAAGUUUGAAAAAUAAAGAACCAGAAGUAAGAGUUCUUUAGGCAUUCCAGAAGAGCAAGCUUGGGAUGGAGGCAGUGCACAGGAAUUCUUCAGGUGUCCUCGGGCUCAGGACUGCCCUGCUUUUGUCUCUUUCCAGUGAAUUUUCUGAUUCAUGAAGAUGUAAGCUACUCACCCCACUCCUCAGGGCUCAGUUCUCAUAUUCUCCUUCAGGAAAAUGAGCUGGGUCUUAUUUUUCCCUUCACAGCUUUCCUAUAAAAUCAAAGCAUUCUUUCAAUGGAACAGGAUCAUGUGUCAGACUGAGGUGUGCUGGGUGUGGGGAGUUCUGUUUUGUUUUAUUUUUCCUCAGUGUGCAUAGAAUUGAAAUCUCAGGGACAGGCCCUCUAGUGGAGAGUGUGGUGAGCUGGGACAAUCCCUCCUCUUCCUGCAAAACACUAUGGGCUUUACCAGGGACUCAGCUGAGAAAAUGGAAAACGUUGCAACACAUGCUCCACAGAAGAAAAAAAAUGUAACUGAUUUAAGGAAUUAUUUUUUUCAAAAACAAAAAAUCUUCAGAACACUCUAAACUAUAGACCCACAAGAAAAGUACUUGGCUGGGCCAUGUUGGAAACUGGGCAUAGGCAGUGCCCGACUGGCACAGGCUGUGUCAACAGAAAGCAGUUCUUAGGUCUCCAUUCAGAGACAAGAAAUGGCUGGACUAUAUUUUUCUUCUAGUACUAUUACUUUCUUCUACUUGACUUUUCCCUAAAUUUUCCUUGAUUUGUAUAAUUUUCUCGAAAAUAAUUAGUGACAGUCACUACUGGUUACAACAUGAAACUUGAAAAACAUAGACAACAAGAGGAAGUAUGAGUGGUCAGAAAUGUGGGCUCCACCAGGCAUGGUGGUACAUGCCUGCAAUCCCAGCUGCUCAAGAGGAAGAGACAGUUCAAGUCCAGCCUGGGCAAAAUUAGUGAAAGGGUAUCCCCUAAAAAAAAUACAAACAGAAGAACUGGGGUUAUGACUCAAGUGGUAGAGCACUUGUCUAGCUCUGGGUUCAAUCCCUAUACCACAGCACAGAUUCAGACAUCAGAGUUCGUGGAUCUGAGGCCUUGUUUCUUAGUGACAUGACCUUGAGCAAGUAACUUUAUUCUCCUGUGCCUCGGGUUGCCCAUCUGAAAAAUGGGAAUAGUUAAUAGUCCCUACCUUGCUGUGUUGGUGUGGGGAUUAAAUGAGGUGUUACUACAAGAAUAUGCCUGCACAUGGUAAAAUCCUGAUCCUUUUAUAAACUGUGCUUAAGGUCCUGAAACCUUCAAAGAUGCUAAUACAAAGUUACAAAAUAAGCUCCAGGAGAAAUGUAGCUGGUACUAUGCUAUUUUAAUGUUGUAUAAAAAAUUUCUAACUUGAUCCUUGAAACUCAGGUACAUUUUGUUAUACACACUGUCAUUACCACACCACACUCUAAUUACCUGCUAUACCACCUGUCUUCCUGAGGAGACUGAGAGGACCGAGACUAUGUCUAAAUAAUGAAGAUAAAAUGGAGAGCUCUUCCUGAGCAAGAAGCCUGUAACAAUUCACUGAGGGUUUAGUACUAACUGCUACACUAGAUAUUUUCUGCAUUAUUGUCAGUCCAAAAGUCCUGUGAAGUAGAUAUGCAUUCUUCUGGUUUGCAUUUAAGACUGGGGGGAUAAAUGCCUUAGCAAAGUCAGGCAGCUGGGAAGACAGAAUUUGAACACAAGACUUCACGCAUUUGCACUCAGCCAUACUGCUUCCCUUUACCUGCUGUAGAUUACCAACACCUGGCACUUGACCUCAAGCUGUAACACACAGCUAGCACUUUGCUUCAUACACAAUAGAUGGAACACAAAUAUCUAUUGAAUGAAUAUAGUUGCAUAUUCUAAUAUUUUGAAGCUGCUAAGAGCAGCUCAAAGUAAAUAUAUUGACAUGUUAAUUCAGUUGUGAUCUGGAUAACCAAAUUUUCUGUUGGAAAUGUCCAUAAAUUAAAGAAGCCGGGGUAUAGCUCUCUGCAUCUGGCCAGAGCUGAUUUCAUAGCAAACAAGGGAUCCAAGUCACAUGCACUUCUGAUGAGUUAUUACAAAAUUAGAGGAACAGUGUAAAUUUCCACCACUAAUAUCACAAGAAUAACAGGAACAGAAGAAGAGAUAAGAAUUUGGGGGGGGUUGCACUGCAUCAUUUAUGGUAACUAAAAUAGUCAAUAGAUGUGGACAUUUAGAGUUUAAUCAGCCCCCAUUCUAGUGUGAGAAGCCCCUGUGGUUUUUCAAAACAUUUUGACAAAGGAAUUCUGGCUAGUAAGUUCUCUAGAGACUUUCAGACUUUGAGAAAUUUACUUUGAAAAUUCAUAAAGAAAUAGAUGAUAAUUAUUGAGCUUCUGUGGGCCAAUGGUCCAGUCAUUUCUGAACAGCCCUGUCUGUGUCUUUGUCUGAGUGGAUGAACUCUGUGAUCUGAAAAUGGCUAUAUUUUUGCAAAUGAGAAAUUUGAGAUUUUCUUCUGACAUUCUUGUUGAAGGAAAACAAUUAUAUAUUAUCUAUCAGAGAAUUUUUAAAUGCAUAUCAAUCUCAAACCUUUUAUUUAUAACCAGUAUUUCCAAGUGUUUAUGAGUUAUAGUAGGCGUGAGAAGUCACUUCAAAUUCAAUGUGCCCAAAAUUGAAUUCAUGGGUCUGUCCCUGGCCUCCCCAACUUGCUUUCCUUUUGUUUUCUCUAUAAUAAUUAAUUAUCCACCAUAAACAUAAUUAGUAAUAUUUAUUGAGUGCAUGCUACAUACCAUUCCUUAUGGUAUUUUACACACACCAACUCAUUUAAAAUUUAUCUACCUUCUGAAGUAGGUACAAUCACCCUCUACUUCACAAAUUAAGAAAUUGAGUCACAGAAAGGCUAAGUAGGUCAUCUAACUAGUCAAAAUUCUUCCUUGCCACCCCAGUGGCCCUCUACAUCUGAGCAGUUAUUAGGUCCUGUCAAUUUCAACUCUUCUGUAUGGCUCCUCUCAACCAUGGGCCUUCAAUCUGCCUCAUUUUCUAGCACACCUUCUCUCUGCAUCCCACUGUCUUCCCCAUGUGUUACCUGAGCUGCUAUCAUGUAAAGGGCAGGUCACAUCACUUCAUUUUCCUACUGGAAAGUUUUUCCUAUAGGAUGAGACUCCUUAGGAAUCUAACCCUCAAGAUCUUCCAGACCCUGUCCUUCAGCUCCCUAGCUAGGCUCCAGCCAGACAGAAUUAUCAUGGACCCAUGAAUUCACCAAAUUAUUUUCACCUUCUACACUUUUGCUCACAUCACAUUCUUUCCUGGAAUGCCCUCCUUCCCCAUCUGCCCCUGGCUCUUUCUUACUUCAAGGAUCUCUCUUUGUGUAGCCUUCUAACUCCCCUUUCCUCCCAAAGGUAAUGUAUAGCUCUCUAGUCAACACUCCCACAGCAUCUAUUUUAGUACCUAAGUCUGCAGUGGUAGCACUUAUCAUAUCCUAGGGUAACUAUACAGCUGAGGUGUUUUCUUAACUGUCUGUAACUGCUCAAUGAGUUGUUUGGGGUUAAGAAACUUUCCUCCCCUUUUUUCAGUUCUCCAGGCUUAAUGAACCUGGGGUCCUCAAAAAAAAAAGUUGGAUUAGUUCACUAAUAGAAACAUGAAGAUUGUGUUUAAUAAUAACAAAUGCCACUAGAUCUGUUUCAGAAGCUAACUGUCAUCUUUAUAAGAGGAUAUUUUAUCCUCACUACAUCACCUUUUAUCUCAUUCAUUUGUAAAUUUCUGUUAAUAAAAGUAUUAUCUAUAAAUUUUAUCUUGUAAGUGCUUAAGAAUGGGACUACAGGCUCCAUGUCAUCAGGUAAAUACAAUAAAUACUAUUUUAAAAUGCAUCUUUACUUUGUCUUACUUUGUUUUUCAAGAAAAGGAGAAAUGAAGUCAUUGAAACAACAAAGGAGACCGUCGAAAUGACAAAAACCCUGUGCAGUCUGAAAAUCUGGACCCUAAAUAGACACAAAGAGACCAAGGGCUUCAGGGCAUAAGACAGAGAAUUGGGCAAAAGAUGUCUGAGGUGAGAGAGAUGAGUGGGAC